UUCUUAUUCCUUCUCCAAAAUUAGCGUCAGCGGCCUGACGGCACGCCCAAUGUGUGUUCGUUUUGCGAGUUUGUUUUAUUUUUAUUCGGGGGAAUUUAACGGGGGUCCCCUCGCAAAUAGCGCAUGCAGCGCACAAGCGUGCUUCUCUUAUCGCCUCCAACGUCGCGGAGAUCCGUCAACAAAGACUUGCCGCCUCGCACCUCAUCACUUGCUCGGGUCGUUGGAGGCGCUCUCGAAGUAAAUGCCUCUGCACAGAGCUACCAGGGACAUGAUUAGGAGAUUAGGAAGGGUUGUGAGCUACCACAGGCGUGCUCCUAAGGUGUGUCCUACUACGACAGGGCUUCUGCAGCCGCCAGCGACCAGGCAACAGCAGUCCGCCCGCUUUUUCAAUCGCUACACAUCGCUGGAAACUACGUCCCAUGCAAAUCGAGUGUUUGUGCCGGCCGAAGAGUUUCAGCGCGACAAGGAGAAACCUUUCGAUACACAGGAAAGUGGUCCCGUGAAUGUGGAAGACCUUCUGUUUGAUAUGUUCAAGGAUGCAGAUGACGCAGUCUGCGUGGGAAAGUUCUUGAAUGCACUGUUCACAACUGGGCUGUGGAAGAAUGAUCCGCGUCUCAAGGAGAUGAUGCAGAACCUGAGAAAUGUUCACAAGGAGAAAUCGCCCGUCCGUUCACUUGAAUCGCUUGCUCUGAACAGGGAAACAUUUGCGCAAGUGAUCCGAGAGAACAUCGUUCUCAUCACUCGAGCGCUGCGCCACCAAUUUGUGAUUCCAGACUUUCAAGACUUUAUUCGCUAUGUUGAGGACUUCUACUGGAAGUGCAAAGUGAACACUGGUGGAAAGGUGGCUUCCUACAUUCCCCAGCUGGCCAAGUACAAUCCAGACUAUUGGGGAGUGAGCAUCUGUACUGUGGAUGGCCAGAGGUUCUCAAUUGGAGACACAGAGAUUCCAUUCACAAUCCAGUCGUCUGGCAAACCCAUCAACUAUGCCAUUGCACUCACCGAGCUCGGCUCAGACGCUGUCCAUCAAUACGUGGGCCAGGAACCAAGUGGCCGGAUGUUCAAUGAGCUUGUCCUCGAUUACAGCAAAAAACCACACAAUCCCAUGGUGAAUGCUGGAGCUAUUGUCGUUGCUUCACUGCUCCUGUAUCUCAUAGAGCCAGAGAUGAGGACAUCUGAGAAAUUUGACUGGAUGCUCCAGUACUACAAAGCAGUGUCGGGAGGCGAGUACCUUGGCUUCAACAAUGCCAUAUUUCUUUCAGAGAGAGAAGCUGCUGACAGAAACUAUGCCAUAGGAUUCUACAUGAAGGAGAACAAAUGCUUCCCUGAGAGGGUCAACCUCAAGGAAACGAUGGACUUCUACUUUCAGCUGUGCUCUCUUGAAGUUAACUGCCAGUCCGUGAGCGUAAUGGCGUCAACAUUAGCCAAUGGUGGUAUCUGCCCCGUCACAGGCCACCAGGUUAUGAACGGGGUGUCCUGUCGGGAUGUCCUGUCGCUGAUGCAUUCAUGUGGAAUGUAUGAUUAUUCUGGCCAGUACGCCUUCAAGGUUGGCCUGCCAGCCAAGUCUGGUGUCUCGGGCUGCACGAUGGUGGUGGUGCCCAAUGUGAUGGGCAUCUGUCUCUGGUCACCCCCUCUGGAUGUCUACGGAAACUCUGUCCGAGGCGUGCAGUUCUGCGAGGAGCUGACUAGGGUGUUCAGCUUCCAUCACUAUGACAAUCUGCGCCACAUGACUCAGAAGAAGGACCCUCGGCGACAAAAGUAUGAGACCAAGGGCCUCAAGGUGGUCAACCUGCUCUUCAGUGCUGCCAGUGGGGAUGUCACAGCCAUGCGCCGCCACUACCUGUCGGGCAUGGAUAUGGGCUUGAGUGACUACGAUGGCCGCACAGCCCUGCAUCUGGCCGCUGCUGAAGGCCACCUGGAAUGCGUCGAGUUUUUACUAAAAAUCUGUGGUGUGGAUGCCAAUGUCAAGGACAGGUGGGGCCACACCCCACUAGACGAUGCACGCCAAUUUGGCCACGCUUCUGUGGCCGACUAUCUUGCCAAGUGGGAGGCACCCUCCUUGACUGCGGCAGUGACAUCCGCCACCAACCAUCAGCCACAGGCGGCAUUGCCGCAGAGUGGCACGGACAGCAGCGACGCCCUCCCACCGGCCCCCAAGGCGGCGGCAGCUGAUGGCACCAGCCGUCCCGACAUUGCUGCUUUUAAGGGCAAAAGGUGAAUGGCACGUCCAGGCCGCAUCGGCAGGGAUCCUUUGUCCACACUUAGUGGCGUAAGUGGAGGCUGUGCAUCCUCUCUCGGAAAUCAUUUCCUACUAACUUUGUAGGAUGCCUGCCCCUUCACUUCUGUAACUUUCUCGCUGGGAAGACCUAUAAGCGCAUUGGCUUCCUUAGAAACUUUCCUGUUCCACUAUUCUGCUUUUGAUGCCAGCAAGAACUGUCUCGAUGUCGGGUAUGCCUACUGGUUGAAGUGGUGGAAGUGGUUGGGCCAAUUCACACAGUUAAUGUUCUGCAGCGCUGAUAAGUGUUAACUGGAACACCAUUGUGUUUCACACCAUAUUUUGGGGACUUGCUUCUUGAAAUUGGUGCUAACACAGGAUUUCUGCAAUAUAGAUAUUACUUCAUUACUGUGUGGCCUUGAUUCUGCAGAGUGGAGAUGUGCUCUAAGUUCAAUAAUUACAAGGCAAAUUAGUGAAAUUUUGUUAAUCAGCUAACAUCACUCUGCAAUUUGUCUUGUGAGCAGUGUCCCCUCUUCACGUAAUCUACCUGAUGUGACAGAAUUGCAAUAUCUAUCACUAUAGGUAUUCAAAAAGCUCCCUAUAAAUUGGCUAACCUGGUAUAAUGAUGGCAGGCUGGCUAUAACCUCACCACACUAGUAGCAAGUAGUGUCAUUCUGAAAGCUGCAUUAAUGGCACAGUAUUGUUAGAGAACGAGCAAGAAACAUUGUGUAGACAGCUGAAACAUCUGGUUAGAAUCACGCUGAGAAAUGAUUGCCCCUCUCAAGCUGAAAAGAAACAGUUUCACAGCCUGUUUUUAUGGCUUUAUCUCCAAAACAACUGCAUUGGCUCCAAGUUGCUUGACUGUGUUUAGUUGCAGAUGUAUGACUUGUGGUACCGUGGCAUGUUGCUCAACUUAGGAGGCCAUGACACGUCUUGUAGAAUUGUCAGUGUAAAAGAUGUCUUUGUCACUUUUCAAACUCAAAUAGCUUCUUGUUUCAGUUAAGUUUACUACUGCAUGGGAAAAUGUACAUAAGUAAAAUAAGAGAGCGAAAUUAGCAUGCAAAUGGUAUACAAGUCAAGAAAAUCCUGUAUCGAAAGAUCCUAAUCAGUAAGUGAGCAAGCAGUAUAAAAAAUAUCCACCAUGCAAGAAAUGAUGGCAAUGCAGGAAUUUAACCAUUAAAAACUGCUGUCACAUUGCGCUUGAAUAAAAAAGUUAAAUUGCGAGGUUCUAUGUGCCAAAACCAUGAUCUGAUUAUCAGGCAUGCCGUAGUUGGGGAUUCUGGAUUAAUUUUGACCACACAACACAUGGUACAUGGGCAUUUUUGCAUUUUGCCCCCAUUGAAAUGCGGUCGCUGUGGCUGGAAUUUGAUGCCGCAUCCUUGUGCUUGGCAGCACAACACCAAAUCCACUUAGUGACUAUGGUGAAUUAUGCUUGGAUACAGGAAAAUACAUAUCUUUCAGUUGCAUUCUUAACGAUUUCAAAAAUAAGAUAGCAGAAGAAAGCCACUUUAUGUAAUAGCUCUAUCCCGACCACUUCUGAUACUAUGGCCAAUCGUUGUGCACUACAGGAAAGUAGCUCUUGCUAGGAUCAAAAUCAAAGCAGAGGAACCCGUGACAUAGCCACUGCAUGCUUUUGCCCUUUCUAACAUCAACCUGCAGCUACGUGAUGGUGCUGAUGCUGAACACACAUAAAUUGUGUACAUGUGUGUUCUUAAUUCACACUGCUGUUCUGCUUUGUUCAGUGCAUGAGCUUUCCAGUGUCACUUACAUGGUGAUCAGAAGUUUGUGUAUGUGUGAAAACCAAUAAUGGAAAUGUCACAUGAAGCUUUGUUCAUCUUUUAUGUGGGUGCCAUUAGAACAUCUAGUUACUGUGAAACUGUCAGAAAUCUCAGGUCCAAUGUAGUUCUGUGAUCUUAUGCAUGUUGACAGUGUAGAGAACUGUUAACACUGUUUAGCAAAUCUUGUAAAUUCUUAGUGCGAAGCGCUGCUUUUAUAAGAGUAUAGUAAUAGCGAUGGUGUGCUUUUGGAUUUCCUAAAAUUUGCUGAGGAUGACAAAAACUAAGUUAUUGUACUCCUGAUGUUGAAUUUCACUUGAUGAACAGAAUUGUUGAGGUGACAAAAUAUUCAAUAUUAUUGCAUCUCCCAAUAUAGCCUUGCAAUGGGCCAAUUAAAUUACGGAAUAUAUAUAUAUCAUCCCCUUGGAUGCCAUGUUUGUCAAACAGUGUUCUUAUCGUAUCCUGCAUUUAACAUAAAAAGGCAAGAGUUCAGACGGACAUUACAGGAGUGUAAAAACCUAAGUUCUGGAAUACCAAAUAAGUAAUAUUAGACUGGUGAUUGUGUCCGGAUUGGAACUAACAUACGGGAGACUAGCCAUGGCCUUGAAAUAUCUGGACAAGCUCGUUUCUACAGCUUCAGUGCAGUUCUGGCAGCAUUUCAUUCAGGCUAGUUGAUUUCUUGUAAAUUAAGAAAUAUCACAUUGCAUUUUAAAAUACAUAUGUACUUAGCCUGGCAAUUCUCACAAGCUUUUCUGGCACAUUCAGUGAAUCACAAGUAGAUUUCUUGAAAUCCAUGACGUCACAAAAUUGCAUCAUUGGUGCUUCUGUUCGAGUGGGGAAUUCAAGGAGAAAAAAAGAAGCAUUAUUUUUUUCUGAUAACAAAUCGUCUUUUUCCUCAGUAUGCAGAAGGAGCUAGUACCAAAAUUGCAAUCUAAUAUAUGGCCUCUACUACUUGGGUCACCAACUACUGCAGGUCCUUGCUUCCUCAUCAGCUGGGAUCACUGAGUUCUGUUGCACAUAAUGUGUGUUGCAUGGAUAAGCUAGCUUGGUACAAAUACAAUGGCGUGUUUUCACUAAACUAUUGCACUCAAAUGGCACUUCAUGGUGCAUUUUACUUAAUACUAUCUGAGGUUCUUUAAUGUGCGCCCGAUGCAUGGUACGUGGGCAUUUUUCCAUUUCGUCCCCAUCGAAAUGUGGCCGCUGCAGUCGGGAUUUGAUCCCGCUUUGAUCUGGGUGCAGUGCUUAACUUGUCUCGAACUAAGUUCUGCGACAAUUGCAGACCAAGAAAAACAAGUAAUUUCUUAAGGAGAUUAACAGUAGUUUCAACUGAAGCAUCCACCACCAAGACAAUGAAUUGUGGAGAGUGGUUGUCACCCUUAAGACCAUAGACAGCAUCACCACUCGUUUCGUCGAGAAAUUCUAUCAUUGCUUCAAAUGAUAUGUACUUAUAUUCUGGACAUACAACAGCUUCGUCACCAGGUGUCGGCGCCAACAACCGCUUUCAACAACUCCUCCGGUCCGACUGAAAGCAAUGUGUACCCCGACUGGCCAGUGUGCCGUUACAACUGAGUCAACUUCCGGAAAAAGCAACCAAGCACUGCAGCUAAGCAUAUUAAGCUACUAAAUGCACCACAAAAUGCCAACUGUGUGAAAUAUGAAUAUAAAUGUGGCGGUGGUUCAGCAAAAAGAGUUAUUUAUGUCAGCUUUUAUUAUCAAACCAACAUAGCUAUAUAAAGUGCCUGCCGCCAAGGAACAUUGUUAAUUUUUCACAGGAAGCAUGACAGCGCCACUAAUAGACUGAUUUCACUUUGAGCCUCACUACACCACCGCUGCUGCAAAGCAUGCCAGUAGGUGUAGUCCCUGGCGGGCUGAAGGUCAACUAUGUUAAAGAGCAUGUUGUGUUUGUACCACAACAAAUACACUUGAGAUUGCAGCUGGGAUCACACUGGAGAUCAAAAGGCAGGGACGGGAGAAUGUGAAGGUUCUACUGUAGGAAUUGGGGAUGAGUAGAUGUACCUCCUAACUUACCUCUAAAACUCAAUGCAAACAUUUACGGUAGCAUUGUUCUUGGCAUUCCCCACAAUGAUACCUCAAACCCAGGUAUGGCAGAAAAAUGGUGAGGACUAUGGAUGGCGCUGGUAGGGCCACCCUGUAUAUGCUCCGAGUGUGAUGAGAUUGGUCUGUUGGCUUUGCAGCCUGCGUGCUACAUUGUUGCCUGAGCUGACAAAGUAAGCAGUGGUGCAUUUGUGCACAAGAUUGACUUCAAUUCAAUUCUUUAAUUUGUUUGGUGUCGCAUUUCAUUGUACCAAUAUCCACCCACUGCUUAGGCAUGAAAGCCAAAGUGCUUUCAUGCCAGGAUGUGGCCUGCUAGGCCUAAAGUGUGCUGUGCAAAGACAUCACAUUGGAAUGAACUCGCACAACCCAGUCCAGCAUUACUGGCUAGUCUGCAGCCUGACUUGGUGUUCUCCUUAGAUGUCCCUUUAGUACCUUUCUUGCGAACUAGUGUGCAAACACUAAACUGUAUACAACAUCCCAAAAUACAAUUUGCCACUAACAGUUGCCAAUCUGUGUAAUGUACUUACGCUUGAAACAUCACUGUGUGCUCCAGAAAAAGUGCACAAUACACACUUUAAUGCACCCUGGUUACAGAUCUGUUUCUUAAUUGACAUUCUAUGAUUUUAAUUUGCAAUGUCUUUUUAUUGCUUGGACUACAUUGUGUAUGCAACAGUAGCAUGUUGCUUUCACUUCAUUUUUUCCCCUUUCUAGUCUUGUGCCAGUGCCCUUUUAGCAUUAUAUACUUUAAGAAUUUGUUAGCACCACAUUGAUUUUAUGUACAUAGAACUUGUUCAUAGUUGUCAUUUAUUUUUGGUUGUGUUCAUUAAACAAUUUUGUGACUUUUGUA